AUGGACAAGAUUUUGGAAGCCGUAAUGCAGUCUUCUUACCCCAUGUACGUCAAGCAAAGCUUAGCCCGAAGGGUGAUUGAGGCCUCCAAGCAGCCCAUGGACAGCGAGCAGUGCUGGUCCAUGCUGGAACUUUCCACCAAGCUCUUCUUUUUGGGUGAGUCCCGUUUCGCCAGAGAAACGGCCAGAGAAGUUCUGGAGGUCUAUGGAAGGUACCACCCAGAGGAAUUUGAGGAAUUCUUUAACGUCAGGUUCAUCUUGAACCUCCUGCAAGAAGGAUACGGGUCUCUUGGAAAGAGACACGCCUUCAUAUUGGACUACAUCCAUCUCGGACUUCAGUUUGUCGUAGACAAACCCACCACGGGGGAGAUUUUCAGACUGCUGAGGGUUGAGGUGCUCCGUAUUGUCUGCGAAAGGCCAAGCCUUAAGAUUUGUGUGAGGAUCAGCAAACUUCUAACGUCCUACUCACAGUGCAUCCCAACUGGACAGCACCAAGUCUUGUUCUGCCAGCAGCUAAUCCGAUGCUUAGGUCAGUUCCAUUGCCAUUCGGAAGAUGAGGAGGGAGUCAUACAGUUCCUUGACCAGGUGAACAGAGUUAGUGGACUUCUGCAGAACAUCUGGAGGCUCGAGACGUCUCUGAUCCUACCUUCCUUGAAGGAAGUAUUUGCUGUCAUCUCAUCAACAGAUGAGUUAGAGACUCCCUCAAACUCUUUGGCGAGUGUGGUCCAGUACAUUCCAUUGGAGCUCAUGGAGGGUGUGGUCCGAAAUCUGGCCAAUGCUGACAGCGUAACAGAUGCACAGAUGAUGACCGCCAUUAACAGGAUGAUUGACUGGGUGUCAUGGCCUUUAGGAAAGAACAUCGACAAGUGGAUCAUCGCCCUUUUAAAGGGACUGGCAGCGGUGAAGAAGUUCAGUAUACUCACAGAGGUCUCUUUAGCCAAAAUACAAAAGGUAUUCUCCAAGCUGUUGUACCCGGUGGUCCGAGAGGGAGCUCUAUCUGUCCUUCGAUAUAUGUUACUGAGCUAUCAACACUCUCCUGAAGCCUUUCACCUGAUCGUUCCUCCCCUCCCCCAGGUGGUUUUCAGCCUCUCUAAUGAGAACACCAAUUCGGCGGCCAGUUGUCUGGAGCAGCUUGCGGAGCUCGUGCACUGCAUGGUCUUCCGGUUCUCUGGAUACCCGGAUCUUUAUGAGCCCAUCAUGGAAGCAAUCAAGAAACUCCCGGUACCAAACGAAGACAGAAUAAAACAGUUGCUGGGUCAGAACGCCUGGACAUCGCAGAAGAAUGAACUUGCUCCAUAUUACCCCAGACUGGUGUCCAAAUCUGACACGGGUAAAAUUGGCCUGAUAAAUCUGGGCAAUACGUGUUACAUGAACAGCAUCCUGCAGGCUUUGUUCAUGGCUUCUGAUUUUAGGCACUCGGUGCUCUGCCUGCGAGACAGCAGCUCCCAGCCUCUGAUGAUGAAGCUGCAGCACCUAUUUGCUUUUCUCGAGCACAGCCAGCGCCCAGCAGUCUCACCGGAAAGUUUUUUGGCUUGCUCUUGGCCUCCUUGGUUUACUCCCGGCGUUCAACAAGACUGCUCAGAGUACCUGAAAUAUCUCCUAGAUCGGCUUCAUGAAGAAGAGAAAACUGGAAAGAGGAUUUCCCAAACCUUGGCCCAAGCCAGCAGCAGUUUACAAUCAAAGAAGACCCUCUUGGGUAACAGGACAUUAGUAGAGCAGAUGUUCGGUGGAAGAAUCGUAACCAAAAUUCGGUGUCUGAAAUGCCAAUGUGUGUCGGCGAGGGAAGAAGCGUUUACUGACUUAUCUUUGGCUUUUCCUCCAAGUGACUCCACCAAGAAAAAGCCUCCUCAAACUUCUAAUUCUUCCUCUCCGCCAGUAGAAGACAUAGGACCAUAUGAUGUGCAGACGAAACCAAAAGCUCAUACCGCACAAACCACUGACUUUCUAGACCACGCCAGGUGGCAACAAAAAAUUGAGGAAAAACGGGGUAAAAUAGUCCCCCCUGAAGCCUUGAAGCUUCAUGGAAAAGAUGCCUCUAAGGACAAAGAUGAAAAUAAUUGUAUGGUGGUUGGCAUUCGGAAUUUGAGCACUGCCAAUUCUUUCGAAACAGCAGACAUCAGAAAAUGUUCCCUGACCCUUUCCGAUCUGAUCAACCAUUUCCUAUGCCCAGAGAUGUUGACGGCAGACAAUAAAUAUCGAUGUGAAACUUGUCUGUCCCUACAAGAUGCAGAGAAAAUUGUGGAGCUUUCCACUGGCCCGCAGUACCUUAUUUUGACUUUGCUCAGGUUUUCAUUUGAUUUGAAGGCCAUGAAAAGGAGAAAAAUCUUGGACAACGUGUCCAUUCCGAUGAUCCUCAAGUUACCCAUCCAUGUGCCUUCUUCCCCUCGACCAGGGAAUGCGUGCCUAGAAAGGGGCAGUAGCUAUGCCUCAGUGAAGGUCCACCAGUCUGCAACCUAUGACUUGUGUACCGUAAUCGUACAUUCUGGACUGUCUUCUGAAAGUGGUCACUACUAUUGUUAUUCCAGAGAGUGCAUGGACACGGAAAGCCACAAAGCACCCAAUGCUGACAUGAAAAGGUUUCCUCCUGACAAGCACCUGGACAUGGAAAUCCAGUGGUACCUCUUCAAUGACACCAGGGUAACGUUCUCAUCCUUUGAAUCUGUCAGCAACAUAACGUCCUUUUUCCCCAAAGAUACGGCCUACGUGCUCUUCUACAGGCACCGACCACAUGACUUCCCCGAGGAAGCCCAUGACUUGGAAGCAGCCAGGCCGCACAGUGAUAUCUCUCUAAACAAGGAGCUAAUGGAAGCUAUCACCAAAGAUAACAUCAAGUAUUUGCAGGAGCAAGAGAAGGAAGCCAGGAACACAGCAGCCUACAUUUCCCCACUACUGAAGUCUCCGCUAUGGUGGCAGGACUUCGAUAAGGACAAUGAUGAUGAUGGCUCGCCAGGAGGACUAGGCCCAGCUGCUGGAGGCGCCUCCGGAUCAUUUCAUGGUCUGGUGUUUUAG